AUGUCUGCGACGGAGCAACUCGCGUUGGGCUUGCACCUCAUUAUCGUGGAGACCGAGAGCUUCCUGCACCGUGAGCCACCGACCCUAAACGACUGGCUAGAUAUUGCUCAACUCGUGGUCGUUUGGGCUGGACAUGUGAUCUGUAAGAUGCACUCCAACCAAGCACAUCUCAGAGCUGACAUGUCUCCGUUUAGUUUUGGCCGCACGCUUUGGCUACCACCAACCGACAGCGUUGUGAAGAGCUUCGCCAUCGUCCUCUUCGUGGCAUCCUUGGCAAUAUCACUGGCUUUCGUAGCAUACGAGACGACCCUCCCACGAAAGAUUGACAACCCCUGGCAUGACGGACGCAUGGUUCGUGCCACGUUUAGUGGAAUCCAUACCAAUCCGAUUAUCACGAGCCUCAUCUUUGUAUCCUUCUGGGCUCAGCUAUUCGAAGUGAAUACUCCAUAUUGUUCGCUCAGUACGGCCGGACUCGCGGCACAGGCUUUCGUGUUGGCAGCGGUUGGUAUCUCCUGGGCGUUCAGGCUCAAGUUUCCGGGAUGUUACGGGCAUCUCAAUGGCCAGACUGUGCCUUUGCGGACCUGGGCAACUAUCUGGUAUCAACUUGUCGGAUGGGCGACCGUGAACAACUUGCUGUUUGCUUUGGUACAGGGCGCUUUGUGGUGCACUAUGCUUCGAGCGCACACUGGUCGAGCCAAGAUGGACCAGGGAGCAGUGCUUCUGGGCCCCUGA